AAAUAUUUUGGACGAAUUUUAUCCAGCUUUGUGAGGAUUGUCUAUCCUUGUUUUGUAAAUCUACUCAUCCUUUCUUUUUAAUAGAACCGUGCAGUAAGAAUGGCUGCUGGAACCCUUUACACUUACCCUGAUAAUUUUCGUGCCGCAAAAGCGCUUAUUGCGGCACAAUAUGCCAAAGCAAACGUCAAAGUGGCACCAAAUUUCGUAUUUGGCGAGACAAAUAAAUCAAAAGACUUCUUAAAGAAAUUUGCAGGAGGAAAGGUACCAGCUUUUGAGUCAAACGAUGGCAAAUGCUUGCAAGACAGCAACGCUAUCGCUUAUUUUGUAGCGAACGACCAGCUUAGAGGCAAAAAUGAAUAUGACACUGCCCAAAUUCUGCAGUGGAUUGGAUUCGCAGAAGGCGAAGUACUUCCAGCUGGCUGUGCCUGGGUUUUCCCAAUUUUAGGCAUUAUAAGGAACAAUGCCGGUGCUCAGGAAGCUUUUCAGAGAGCAAAAGAUGACAUGAAGUCUGCACUAACGGUUCUUAACAGUCACUUACUGGCACGCACUUAUUUAGUUGGUGAACGUAUAACCCUUGCCGAUAUUGUAGUGGCAUGCAAUCUGCUUAAUGCGUACAAGUACGUUUUGGAUCCAGAUUACAGACGGCCAUUUGGUAACGUUAACAGAUGGUUCACGACCUUAAUCAACCAGCCAGAGUUCAAAGCAGUCCUUGGGGAAGUCGAGCUUUGCAGUAAGGUUGCUACGGCUGGAUCCGUUGUUGCAGAAGGUAAGGGCAAGAAGAAGGAAGAGAAGAAACAAGAAAAGAAACAGCAGCAACCCAAGAAAGAAACGCCUAAAAAAGUAGAACUGGACGCGGUGGAGGCUGCUCUCGCCGAGGAGCCUAAGAGCAAGGAUCCCUUCGACUCCAUGCCCAAGGGGACCUUCAACAUGGACGAUUUCAAGCGUUGUUACUCCAACGAGGACGAGAGCAAGUCGAUUCCAUACUUCUGGGAGAAGUUCGAUCCCGAAAACUACUCCAUCUGGUACGGGGAGUACAAGUACCCAGACGAACUGGCGAAAGUGUUCAUGAGUUGCAAUUUAAUCACGGGCAUGUUCCAAAGACUGGAUAAAAUGCGUAAGCAAGCUUUCGCCUCUGUGUGCCUUUUCGGGGAAGACAACAACAGUACGAUCUCCGGCAUCUGGGUGUGGAGAGGUCAAGAUUUAGCGUUCCCUCUUAGUCCCGACUGGCAAAUCGAUUACGAGUCGUACGAUUGGAAGAAACUUGACGCCAGUUCCGAGGAGACUAAGAAGUUGGUCGAGCAGUACUUUUCUUGGAAGGGCGAAGACAAGGGCGGGAGGAAGUUCAACCAAGGCAAAAUCUUCAAAUAAUCAUUUAUUCAAUUGUUGCAACCGAUUAUUUAACAUACUCCAUAUGAAAAUUCAAUAAAUCCAUGUUUUGUUAAUAUAUUUUCUUAUAUAUUGUUUUAUUUUCGAGUUUUUCGAGUCUGGUGGAGAUUCUGCUUCUUUAACCGCUUUUAUACAGGGCUUGUUGGUGAAUAAAGCCGGAGACACGUUUAUUUAUA